AUGCACAAAAUCAUAGGAACUGAGGUGCAGAAAAAUGGCAGCAGGUCCUCUGGACUAAUGAGUCAAAAGGUGAAAUAUUUGGCUGUAACAAAAGGCAGUUUGUUUGUCAAAGGGUUGGAGAGUGAAACAAACAAGCAAAACAUGGAAAACAACAAAACAUGGCUAACUGGGUUUACACUUCUAGGAUUGACUGACAUUUCUCAGAAUAUGUGCUGUACAACUUCCACAGUUCCUAAACUCUUACUGGACUUUUUAACUGAUGUAAAACGUAUCUACUUCUUUGAUUGUAUGGCACAAUUAUAUUCCUUUAUAUCUUUUGGAGGUGUUGAAUGUGUUCUGCUUGUUGCUAUGACAGUGCACAUCUCUAUUUAUAACAUUGAUGAAGGUUCCUUCAUCAAUGAGAGGAUAACAUUAAAGCUUGCCAUACACCAGAUCAACUUUUCUAUAAACAUCCAAAUGAUCAACUUGUCUUUCCAACUAAAACGACGUUCCACACAGCUAACCAACUUUGUCAUCAGACCAGCCAAUUUCUCUCCAACUUCUGAUGCCACAAAAGAGCUAAUACACAGAAACAUGGAGAACAACAAAACAUGGCUAACUGGAUUCACACUUCAAGGAUUGACUGACAAUGCUCAGAGUCAGCCAUACCUAUUUGUGUUCUUCUUAGUGGUUUAUGUAAUUACAGUUUUUGGAAACUCUUUGAUGGUCUUCACUAUCACUCUGUCUCCAGUUCUUCACUCCCCGAUGUAUUUCUUCAUAUGUAAUCUCGCAAUUGUAGAUAUGUGCUGUACAACUUCCACAGUUCCUAAACUCUUACUGGACUUUCUGUCUGUUGUAAAAGGCAUCUCCUUCUUUGGAUGUAUGGCACAAUUAUAUUCCUUUAUAUCUUUUGGGGGUGUUGAAUGUGUUCUGCUUGCUGCUAUGGCAGGUGAUCGCUAUGUGGCUAUAUGCAUGCCACUACACUACACAAAAGUAAUGAGCUGGAAGAUAUGUACAGUAGUGGCAAUAACAUGCUGGACUGCUGGCCUAUUGAACUCUCUCGCUCACACCGUUUUACCAUUCCGUUUACCCUUCUGCAAAUCUACAUCUCUUAACCACUUCUUCUGUGACGUCCCACCCCUGCUUGCACUGUCCUGUGCUGACACUACCAUUAAUGAAAUUGUGGUAUAUACUGCUGGAGGGUCUGUGAUCAUAGGGACUUUUUUGUUAACUAUUAUGUCCUAUGUUUUCAUUGCUAAAGCUAUUUUGAAAAUUACAACUGCUUCUGGAAGACAGAAAGCCUUUUCCACUUGUGCCUCUCAUUUGACAGUUGUUAUACUUUACUUUGGUACUGUUGUUUUUACAUACAUACGCCCUACUUCUACUUACUCCCUUAACCAGGACCGGGUUGUUCCUGUUCUUUAUACAAGUAUUACCCCUAUGUUAAAUCCAGUAAUUUACAGUUUUAGAAAUAAAGAAGUUCAGGGAGCACUAUUAAAAUUAAUUGUGAUACAUUUUCCAGCUAAAAUUAACUAA